AUGAAGUUUUCUAAGCCUUUCACUUCAUCCUCCUCCAUGCCUGCGUUCUCUGCCCAUACUGGCUCAGCUACGGCGUCUCAAUCGUCCGCUCCGCCAAGUGCGCUUGAUAUAGUGCAGGGCCAAGGAGUUCACAGUUGGGACUCGUUCUUGUCCCCCAUGGUAGAGGCAUCCUCAACUCUCCCUCAAGACGACUCGGAACUUAUGGACUCUCCGAGCUUCAUCCUGGGAGGCAGUCCGGACUUUGAAACCACUUCCGCCUCCUCGACCACACUCGCAACAGCGACUGGUGUUGCUGAACCAUUCUCUUGGGAUAUUUCUUCACUAUCUUCCACUCACUUGAGACCGUCUGGGCCCACUGUCGGUGACGUUCACACCGCUACUGCCUCACUCCCCCAUAACGGAACACAGCCCACAGCGCCCACGGCGUUUACUUCCACUUAUCCUUUGUUACCCUUGGACUCUACCACAUACUCUAAUUACCCCUACGCCACUCCGUACGAACUAGCCUCUGUUUCUGGCCGCACUCAAGUUAUUCCUGAAGAAGCUCCAGCUACUGUCAGCCCCGCAGCCGUGUCGCUCUCUCAAGUAGCCCCUCCGUCCCGUGUAGAAACCCGCCCAACAAAAAUUUCAACCCCCACCAUCACCACCCCUGCUCCCGUUAUGAAGCAAGAAACUGUUCUGGCACAAACCCUGUACUCCCGCGAAGCCAGAGGACGGAAAGAUGCUAAAAUCGGUCGCCCCGCUGCAAUUUCUGCCCCGCGCAAGGCGGAGGCCUCUUCGAUCGAAACCUCCACUGCCAAAAAAGGCAAAAAUGCUGGCAAACAAUCCUCUGGUUCCGAAAAUGGUACUCCUGCUCCCACUAAGCGAAGAGGAGGAACCCGUAUUUCGGUGGCUGACUUUGUUCCCCCGGAUGUCACUGGUCUUAGCAAACGAGAGGCUCGCCUCGUCAAGAACCGCGCUGCAGCUUUCUUGAGUCGACAAAGGAAAAGGGAAGAAUUUGAGCUGAUGGAAGUUCGCCUUGCAGAAAUUUUGGAGGAGAAUGCUCGUCUCAAGGGUGAGGCCCCUGGAACACCCUCUGCAUCUGCACCUGUCUCGGAUGAAGUCCAGCGUCUGCAAGAGAUGUUGCGAGAUGCCCAAGAGAGGGAACAAGCCCUCAAGGCUCAGCUCGAAGAACAAACUCGUCUCGCCGAACAAAGCCGCCUUCAAGCCGCCAUCAAGGCUGAAGAGCCUUCUAUGACUGUUCAAGAGGCAUUGAAGCUCGCGUCCCCCAUGAUCCAAUCUCCACGAAGCGAUAUCUCCAGCCUCGAUGGUUCUGUUUUUAGCUCUGCCCUCAAGGAAAAGGACUCGUCUCGCCACUCGGGUCCUGGCUUCAACCUUAUGGUUCUUGUCUUCUCUCUCACCAUGCUCUCCAUGCCACACCAACACCAAUUGCAAUCCAUGCGCGGUGCUGGAGCACAACCUACCAGAAUCAUGUACGAACCCUCAGGUUCGGCGACCUCCUCUGCAUUCCCUUCGCUGUUCGAGAAUGUCUUGGAACGUUGGGAAGGUGCAAACAAGAUCGAAUCUGUAGAUGGCAUUGAGCCUGUUGAUGAGGACGAUGAGAUGGAAGUUGAAGUCGAGCCAUGGGAACAGGACGAAGCACCCGCAGACCAAACCAAGUCUGGCAACUCUUACGUCGUCGAUUUUGAAAUGCCAGUAUUGGCUGACCAAGUUGGCAAGGAUGAAGAUGGCAAAAUUAAAGUUCGCAUCUCGCCUGUCGGUGUCCCAAGACCUCGCAAGGCCAAUGGUGGUCUUAAGCAAGGUGAAUUGGCCUGGGGUGGCUCUCCGUUACCUCCUCUCGAGACGAGCACAUCUACCUUUGCCUCUGAUUGGGAAACUUGGGGUGGAUGGAAGGAGUUUUUGAGCGACGAUGUUGUUGCUACAACCUACCCAUCCCUGGUUUCCGAUGUGCCCUCUAUCUCCAUCGAGGAAGCACUGUCGCCUAGCUCUGAGAUGGAACAGUCGGUCGUAGUUGAUGACAACAGCUCUGAGCGAUGGGCAACUCCUCCACCAUUCCCAACAGAAGGUGAAGAGACACCCUCUGACGCGACUCUCGCUACCGUCCUCAGUGGAGAACAGCAGCCACAAGGCCCCGUAGACGUUGACGUUUCCCUGUCGACCCUACCAGCUUGGUCAAGAGCAUUGGUGCAAGCUGCCGCUGGUGAAAAGCUAAAGGCUCGCAUCCGUGUUUCGAAGAAAUCGAGGAUGGGCCGAAGCAAGAACACUCUUUCCCUUGGCAAGAAGAAGAUGGGCCUCGUUGUCAAGGUCGACACACUCACCGACCCUACACCCUAUGCUUACCUUAUGCACUAG